CUGCACUUCCCCCAAAUAAGAAUUUUAUUCCGUUCGGAAUUUUUUCCUGGGACCCCAUCUUCUGCGCUGUUGUUGCCAAUUAUCACUGUCACUGUCACUUUUUUUACACUAAUAACUUGUCAAAUGACAAUUGAAAUAUGACCAAGUCACUGCAGUGCAGUGGAGAGGUCAACAAGUUUGAAAUUAAAAUGGCAAGUAAUGUCCAAGACUGCAGUUACUCGUGCGAAAUUUGCGGUUUGGAGGGCUUGAGUGAGGAUGAAUUUCGUAGUCACACGCAUACAGCCCAUGUGGAGGGUAACGCAGUGUGUCCUUUUUGUGAAUUGAGUGCCGUCUCACCUGCCGAACUGAUUAUCCACGUAAACCAGGCACAUUUGGACUUUCUGACGCCGGAAAAUGAAUUAAACAUGACGUUUAUCGAUGAUCCCAGUCCUAGCGAAUUUAACUGUGUUAACGGGGAGAGUAGCCACAACUAUUGGAAUGGUCCAUCUUAUUCUAGUCAUUCUAGUUCAAAUUACAAAAUAAGCAAUGGUAGGGAGAGUAGUGGAAAGAAGGGAAAUAUUAAUAAUAUUAAUUUAACACCAAAGGUGAACGGGGGCGGCGAGUCGAGUCCGAUAAUUUCGAGUCACGGUCACGGGUCGCCGCUGAGGUCCAGUUUGGAUCUGAAGCUGAAAUCGGCCGCCGCCAAGCUUCAGUGUCCGAUGUGCAACUACACCAGCGCCAGUCCCAACGAGCUGGAGGAACAUGUCAACAGGUCGCAUUUCGACUUGACGUCGCCGUCGCUGGGCGGCGACGAGGACGCCGCCGCCGCCGCCGAGGUGUUCGCCUGCCCGCUGUGCGUCAAGUCGUUCGAAUCGGCGCCCGACCUCGAGCUGCACGUCAACAUCGAACACAGGGACGUGCUGAGCCCGGCCUCUCCGCCGCAGAAGACCUCCUCCUGCCCCGUGUGCGGCGUCCACCUCGACAGCGAUGCCAACAGUGAAGCGGCGGCGCGCCACGUCGAGUCGCACUUCCAGGCCGCCUCGCCGCAGCAGCAGCAGCAGCCUGGCGCAGAACGGCGCGCGGCUCUGAAGGAGCGCGAGGCUCGCGAGUUCGAGAUGCUGCGCGCGCAGUACGGCAUGGACGAUCAGGGCAACUUUCGCGAGCAGAGCGCAGCCAACAUGCAGCGGGCGGUGUACGCGGGCGAGAUGAGCGUCGCCGACUACUACGAGCGCACGCUCGAUCUCAGGGCGGCCGAGAGCAACGGCGUCGACGACGGCAGCUCGGUCACCAGGAGCAUUGUGCCUCGCGUACGAGCAAUGAGCAGCAGCGCCGCCAACGUGACCUCGACGCUGCUGUGCACGUGCGUCGACCACUACGCGUCCUCGUACGGCGACCGAGGCUGGGGCUGCGGCUACCGCAACACGCAGAUGCUCGUUUCGAGCCUGCUGACGCACACCGGCCACAACGAGCGCCUCUACAAGCUGUGGCAGGGCCAGAAGCCGCCGCGCAGCUCGGUGCCCAGCAUAUCGCGCCUCCAGAGCCUCGUCGAGCAGGCCUGGGCCGCCGGCUUCGACAUACAGGGUUCCGAGCAGCUGGGCUGCCGGCUGGUGAACACGCGCAAGUGGAUUGGGGCGACGGAAGUGGUGACGCUGCUGUCGUUUUUGCGCAUCCGAUGUCAGCUGAUCGACUUUCACAGGCCCACGGGUCCGGGCGGCGCGCAUCCCGAACUCUUCAACUGGGUGCUCAAGUACUUCGAGAGCGGGGUGGGCGGCGAGUUCACGCCGCCGCUCUAUCUUCAACAUCAAGGUCACAGUCGCACCAUCAUGGGCGUCGAAGUGCACCGCGACGGCAGCUUGAUGCUGUUGGUGCUCGACCCGAGCCAUUCGCCGCAGCAAAUGGCUCAGUUCGGGGACACGCAGAGCUCCGCCGCGGCGCUCCGACUCUUGCGCAAGAGCGAGGCGGCCAUGAAGGCGCGCCAGUAUCAGAUCGUGGCCGUGGUCGGAACCAUCGACACCGAACAACACUAUCAGCAAAGUAAAGUUUUGCGGGGCAUGCGCAUACCGCAAGACCGGUGAGAUGACGAAUCGGGAACCUUUAGGAAAAUGAAAUCGGCUUUGUGAAUAAAAAAACGAUAUUUUUAUCCACUCUACAAUAACUAAAACAAACACCUUUCACAACCACCUUUGCUGUUCAUUAACUACCUAGUUAAAUAAAAAUUAAAUCUCGAAAGUUUUCAAGGCGAAAUGGAAAAAAACUUGUGAUAAAGGGACGAGAGCUUUUUUAUCGGAUUUGAACGGUGGGGUUAAGUUUUGGCAAUAAUAAUAAUAUUAAUAAUAAUAAUAAUAAAUUUUUACAUAUCUUUUUGGAAUGAAGUACGGUAAUUAACGUGUUUUCAAAUCCUAUAAUUUUUUUUAAUUUUGUAGGCGACAAAGAUUAAUACUAAAAAAUCUACUUUGAUACAUACAGAACACAGUUUAAAAGGUGAUUUUUUCGGGGAAAUACUUGGCAUCAUUUUAAUUUUUUUGUUUCAUUUUCUUUGAAUACAAAGUCAUUUAUUUAGUUUAGUUAGUCUUUCUAUUUAAAUAGUGAUAAUUCUAUGAAUAAUUUCUUUAGGUUAGUAAAACAAUUUAACAAAAUAACACUUUAAGAAAUUCCAAAGUUUUCGAAAUUAUUUAACGAUUAUAUUUUAGUUUGUAGUAUAUUUAUUAUGAUAAUAUUAUAUUUUAAAUAUUUAUUGUUCUAAAUUGUUCCAGUAGAUUACUAUUUAUAUUAUGGUUGUUAUAAAAAAUUACUUAGGAUUACUUUUUGAAAUUAGACCUAUAAAAAAAUAGUCCAACUUAAAAUUAAUUAAGUUUAAAAUUUUAAAUAUUAGAUUUUGUAUAUUUUAUUAUUAAUUUAUAAAUUAAGUUAUAGAAUAACAGCAAGUUUUCCAAGUAUAAUUGGGGUUUUAAUAAUUUAACUCGAAAAAGAAUAAUUGGUGAUUUUCUAUAAUUCAAGUUUAGGUAAAAACAUUUCACUACUAAUUUAUUUAUAAUUAUUUAAAAAUUAGUUUUUAAAACUUCACCCCCACAUAAAACAGUAGUUAGUUAAUAAUAAAAAUAAUAAUUUUCGUUUAUAAUAUUUGCAUUUUUUUAAUAUUUAAAAAAAUGCCUAAAACAUUACAUUUUGUCCUAUGAAUUCCCAUUUUUGCUUUUUAUCGCUAAAAUUAGUUAAAAUGAUGCCAAACACGCCCCUUUAAAAGUACGCCUUCAAAACUGUCAAGUUUAUUUUGUUCUCCUAUUUUAACUUGAUUUUGAAUAAUUGGUUAUGUUCAUUGUUUUGAUUUUACUGUAAAUUUCAAGUACCUACCAUGCAUUUUUCAUUCAAGAUUUAAAUGAAAAAACUUUGUCGGCACCUACAAAAACAUUUUUUGAUUUAAUGCGCCCGUCCCUUUAAAGUCUCCGCGUGCAAAUUUUCGAGAUGUAGGUUGUAUAUUUUUUAUUUUCCUAAACUAGCGCGCCCCCUAUGAAGCUUUCAGUUUGUUGAAAAUGCGACUUCGAAAUGUAAAACAACAAAUAAAUAAAUUGUGAUGUUUGCGUGUAAUUUUUUAUUUUGGGUGCUACAUAUUUUCGAAAUCAACAAAAAAAAACAAUAAAUUUUGUGAUAUAUGCUUGUGCCUUUAGUCGACAAGUAACUGUUUAUGUUCCUCGCCAAAUAUUUGAUUAUAUUUCGGUGAUUUAUAUUUCCGCGUGAGUUUUAUAAGGUUCUAAGUAUAAUUUUGUUAAAAUCGCGAAAACAAAAAUAUAUCUAAACCCUUGUAAAAUCCAGGCCACAAUUUUAAUGCCUGCAAUAAAAAAUAAAUACACAGAUGGUGAUGUAAAGAAUGCUAAAUUAAAAAAGUGUUGGGUUUCAGGGUAAGAUAAUAUAAAUAAAUAAAGCAUAUAUCUAAAAAAUACAAAACAAUUAAAAUUUAAUUCCGACUUGGCUAUAUUUUGGAUGUCGUUCCUGUCUGUAGAGCUUAAAAUAUUUAGCAUAUUUUAUUUCAGGCAAAUCAACAAAAAUUAGUUUUUUUUUAUGUUUUGACCCUCUAACCCAGGUAGCACAACGUGACGAAACCGUGACGAUUUGUGUACAAUUGGACCCAAUGGACACAAAUCGUCACGGUUUCGUCACGUUGUGCUACCUGGGAAAAUUGGUUAAAACAAAAAAUGCUAAAGAAAAAGUUGUAGAUCACGAAAAUUUCUACAAAAAAUAUACAGGGUGUUAAAAUUGUUUCGACAACCGUUUCCGAGUUACAGCGGCUCGAAGUUGGGUUCAUUCUCCGCUAGAAAUAUGGCAACGAUGGCUCCAGGAAUACGAAAAAAUGCUCAAAAAUGAUUGAAAUUUAAAACUCAACAUUUUUUGUUUUAACACUUUUUUUGGAAACGUGAUCACGAUUUAUUUUUAAAAAAGACAGAAAUUGUACAUUUUACCCUUUAAACAACCAGGAAUAACAUCCAAAAUCCUAGCCGUUUGGGAAUUUUUGAUCAACAUUUUUUAGUCUGGAUUUUUCGUUAAAAAAAACUGUUUUCAACUCUAUAUGGAAGAACACAAUAGUAAAUCAUUAUUCAGUAAGUCAUUUGGAGCAAGAAAUGUCAAAAUGCAUUUUAACUUAACUGGUUCUUUAUUUUAUUUAACUUAAUAUUACGGCCAUAAUAAUUUAUUAUAAAAUAUUUUGGCAUCAAAAUUGUCAAAAAUAUUCUUAUUUUAUUAGGCUAUGCAUUAAAUAUGAGAGUAGAGAUCAUUUUAAUAAUUGAAAGGUGCGGACGGGACAAAAAAAGAUUUAUCUUGUCCACACCUGUCAAUUAUUAAAAUUAUCUUUACUUUAAAAAAAUAUAUUGCGUUUUUUUAUUUAAUAAAUAUGAGAGUAGAGAUCAUUUUAAUAAUUGAAAGGUGCGGACGGGACAAAAAAAGAUUUAUCUUGUCCACACCUGUCAAUUAUUAAAAUUAUCUUUACUUUAAAAAAAUAUAUUGCGGUUUUUUAUUUAAUGUACCUAUAGCCUAAUAAAAGAAUAUAUUUGACAAUUUUUUUUAUAAAAACAGUAUUGUGAUUUUCUCCGUCCGUAUGCUUGAAAUGGCCGAUUACCUAUAAUAUCGAAACAAAUAUAAAUUCGACAACGUUGGAUCACUUUUAGUAGAAUUGAGGUUAGGUUUCUGAUCGUCAUGCUGUGUUGCCAAAUAGCAUUUAAAUUGUUAUUUUAACCGUUUUUUACAUUUAAGAAGAGUUGGGAAAAAAGUAUCAAGCAAAUGUUUCAAUUGACGUACUGAUUAAUAUCAUAUAAUUGACAGCGUGGUUUUCAUAACACCCUGUAUUUACUAUAAACUCGUGUUUUGGGUCGAAUUUUUAAAAUUGUAAUUAUGGUUUCAAAAAAGCUUACAGACUAAAAAAUCGUGUUACGUGCUUAUUUUAUAACAUUACAUUCCAUUCUUUUCGGUUUUUUUUCUUCCUAGCCUUUAGUGAUACAAGAACAGGCAGCCAGCUCUCCUACGAUUUUUAGACAAUCCUUGUCCGUUUUUGGUUGUUUCUCAAACAAUAUAGACAUUUUAAAUUCUAAAAUCUAGUUGUGCUAUAGAUAUACUAGAGUGCCUUGUGUAUAGAUCCCUUAUUUUCAAUUAAAAAUGCUUGCCCAAGAAAUCAUAUUUUUCGAGGAUUUUGUCGAAUAAAAUAAUUGUUUGUUUGAGAUGCAACUGAUUUAUUUCAGAUACUCCUACAUACAUAGAUCUGCUUGAUAUUUUCGAACCUAUGGUAUAUAAGUACAAACUUUAUUAUUUAAAUUGUAAAUCUAAAAUUGUUAUACUGCUAAUAUCUUUAUCUACAUAUAGAAUAAUUUUCUUUAUUAUCUCUUUAAUAUGGGUGGAUAUUCUUUUUCUUGUAACUUUAGGAUCUAAAUAUGGAACACCACUGUUUAAAAAUGAAAGACUUAUUUGUUAGUGAUGCUUCUAGUCUACUGCAAAAUGAAAUGGCUUCAAAUUUGGCCCAUAUAUAGUUCUAACUUGUAUCAAUGUCCAAUGUGCCAAAAUCGAAUGUUUCAUUUUGUAGUUUGGAAAAAUUAUUUGUUAUGUUUUGUUUGAUAUAGUAAUUAAGUUUUAUUAACCUUCUUACCACAAUUGAUUUUUCGGUUUUAUAUUUAAUACAGUACACCAUUAAAGUUGAAAUAUAUAUUUAUGUAUAAAUAUAUAUAAAAUUGUUUUAAUAAAUUGAAUUCAUU